AUGGUUCAUAGGGACAAAUUUGGGGCUAGGUCUGUCCCAUGUGUCUUUUUAGGCUAUUCCUUUGCUAAAAGGGGCUAUAAGUUGUAUAAUCUUGUUUCCAAGUCUUCAUUUGUCUCGAGAGACGCUAUCUUCCAUGAGACUAUCUUUCCUUUUGCCCAGCCUUCCUUCACUUCUUCUACUAUUUUUCCUUCACAGUCCUCUCCUGUUGAUGUGUUUCCUUCUGCACCUCCCUCCUUCCCUUCUUUUGGUGAGGCAAGAGAUGAGGUUUUUCCCUUACCUUCACCUUCUCUUGGUGAUCUUUCUCCUUCUCCCUCUUCUCCUUUUUCGGAUGCUUUGCCAUCAUUUUCUCAUUCUUCCUCUCCUUUUCCUACUCCUUCUACUUCUCCUCCCUUUGUCAGGAAAUCCUCAAGACCUCACAAUCCACCAAGCUACCUCCAGUACUAUGUUUGUCCUCUCCCUUCUUGUUCUAGGCCUUGUACUUCUUUAUUAGCUGUUGGUGCUCUUUCUUUCUUUGAACCCCAGUCUUACUCCCAUGUUGCUCCUGUCCCUGAAUGGCAGGAGGCUGUGAGGAAGAACUAUGUUUGUUCUCUCCCUUCUUGUUCUAGGCCUGGUACUUCUUUAUUAGCUGUUGGUGCUCUUUCUUUCUUUGAACCCCAGUCUUACUCCCAUGUUGCUCAUGUCCCUAAAUGGCAGGAGGCUAUGAGGAAGGAAUUUAAGGCUUUGGAUAUCAAUGGAACAUGGUUUGUCAUGCCUUUGCCUCCUGGUAAGAAACCGAUUGGGUGUAAGUGGGUUUACAAGGUUAAAUAUAUGGCUGAUGGCAGUGUUGAGAGGUUUAAAGCUAGACUUGUAGUUAGGGGGGACACUCAAGUAGAGGGUGUUGAUUUCCAAGAGACUUUCUCUCUUGUUGUCAAGAUGUCUACCAUUAAAACUUUGGUUGCUCUUACUGUUAAAAGACAGUGGCCACUGUUUCAGCUUGAUGUCAAUAAUGCAUUCUUGCAUGGGGACUUGGAUGAUGAAGUUUUCAUGAAGCUUCCACCUGGUUAUUUUGUUCCCUCAUCAUCUGGCUCUGACCAAUUGGUGUGCAAGCUUCAAAAGUCCCUUUAUGGCCUGAGACAAGCUUCAAGGCAAUGA